GAUUAAGGUUAUGCAAACAUACUUAUUUACUUGUGUUUUGGGGUGAUUCAAAAUUGAAAGUUUAUAAAGUAACACAUGUUUUCUGUACAAUUCUACAAUGAAAAAUAACAUAGGCAAGGCAAAAUCAGCACGUAGGUUACUUUCAAAUAUGUAGAACAAAACCCCAAAUACCAGUUUUUCCUGAAUUAGUUGAACUUUUCUUAGACUCAGUUUGUUUCAUUCCUUUACAUUUCAACACAAGUAACCUAUCUCUUUUUUCGUCUCCUUCCUCUUGUCUCCUACUCACAAACCCCUGGAACCCUGAUGUGUCAGUGUUUGUGAGUGACUCAGGGAAUGAGACUUCUGGAAUGGAGAGCCGUUGUAGAUAUAAGCAGAGGGAGGUUUUAGGGCAGGGCAGAAUCUCCGAAGACCACUGUGGUAACACUGAAAAAGUGCUGCACUAGUUUUAUAAUACAACACGAUGAGUGACUCUGCAAAGGAUACCGUGUCGCCGAAGGAGAAGGAUGGAGCUGAGAAGAGAGGACGUGGAAGACCAAGAAAACACCCACAGGAGCCUAGUGGGUCUCCGACCCCAAAGAGGCCCAGAGGAAGACCAAAGGGCAGCAAGAACAAGACCUCCACUGCCACUGCCGCCAAGGGCAAAAAAGCCACGGCACCAGAAUCUGCAGGGACGAAACGCAGAGGACGACCCAAGAAGGCGGAGAAGGAGGAAGAGCCCUCAAAGGAAUCCUCUGAGGAGGAAGAGGAGGAAGAAGAAGAACAGUAACCGUGCAACUUGCGCUACCUCAUAAUUCAAUAUGACGGCUUCCUGCCAGCCAGAUCUGGACUGAAACACUUUUACCCCAGAGCCACCCUAACCUCGCUCCUGCCAUUAACCUCUGUCCACUCUUACACUCACGCGGGCUCCAACGGGGG